AGAACACGCAAGACAAACUGAACGAUAUCAUGCAAAUCUCGUUUUGUAACUACAAGGUGUAAUAGCAGAGGUCGGCACACUGUUGUCACUCGGAUGAUGGCAGCCCAUUUGAAGAAGCGAGUUUACGAGGAAUUUUCCAAAACUGUAGUACAGCAACAUCCCCUCGAAGAGGUCCCAGCUAAAAAGCUUCGAUUAACCAAGCCCAGCAAGUCUGCUGCGCUGCACUUAGACCUGUGCAAAGCCACCAACUCCACGGAUGCUCUGCAGUAUCUACUACACUUUGCCCGCAAGCCGGUGGAGGUAGAGAGUGUAGAGGGUGUGAUACGCAUUCUUUUGGAGCAUUACUAUAAGAAGGAAACUGACACUUCGGUGCGGCUGAAGAUCGCCUCCCUUCUUGGAUUGCUGUCUAAAACACAAGGGUUUACCCCUGAUUGCAUAGUGGAUGAUGCCAUAAGUACACUUAACAAUGAGAAGUCCCAUCAGGUUCUAGCCCAGCUGUUGGACACCCUGCUUGUCAUUGGCACCCAGCUUCCAGACAGUGUGGCCAUCACCCAGAGACUGAUAGAGGUGGCAUGCAAGCACCUGUCAGACACUUACUUUGGAGUGAGAAACAAGUGCCUUCAGCUUCUGGGCUGCCUUGGGACUGUGGACAAGCCUUUGACCAAAGACAGUGAUGCCACAACUGGACUACCAGGAACCCCUAUCAGAGACGUUCAGAGUGUCAUCAGUGAUUACUUUGCUGAUCAGGAUCCAAGAGUGAGGACAGCUGCCAUCAAAGCUAUGUUGCAACUUCAUGACAGAGGGAUGAAAAUUCAGCAGACCAUCUAUAAUCAGGCCUGUAAGUUAUUGAAUGAUGACUAUGAGCAAGUCCGCUCAGCUGCAGUGCAGAUGGUGUGGGUUCUAAGCCAACUUUACCCAGAGAGCAUUGUCCCCAUCCCGUCAUCAAAUGAGGAGAUCCGUCUGGUGGACGACUCUUUUGGAAAGGUCUCCCACAUGGUCAGCGAUGGAUCAUGGGUUGUCAGGGUCCAGGCUGCCAAGCUUUUGGGGUCUAUGCUUCAGGUUAGCCCCCACUUCCUGGAACAGACACUAGACAAGAAACUGAUGUCAGACCUUCGGAGGAAGCGUACAGCCCAUGAGCGGGCCAAAGAACUUUACGCCUCAGGAGAGUUCUCCUCCGGCCGGAGGUGGGCAGACGAUGCCCCAAAGGAGAGGGUGGAUACCUCCGGGGUGAACCUGAUUGACUCGGGGGCCUGUGGUGCCUUUGUGCAUGGCCUGGAGGAUGAAAUGUAUGAGGUGAGGAUUGCAGCUGUGGAGGCCCUCUGCUCUCUGGCUCAGUCCUCUGUCAGCUUUGCGACGAAGUGCCUGGACUUCCUUGUGGACAUGUUCAAUGAUGAAAUCGAGGAGGUGCGUCUGCAGUCCAUCCACGCGCUCAGGCAAAUCUCCACUAACAUCACCCUCAGGGAGGACCAGUUGGACGUGGUGCUUGCUGUGCUGGAGGACUCUUCUCGGGACAUCCGUGAGGCCUUGCAUGAGCUGCUGUGCUACACAAACGUCUCCACUAAGGAGUGCAUCCAGCUGGCACUUCUGGAGCUGCUCAAGAAUCUCACCAAGUACCCCAGUGACCGCAACUCUGUGUGGAAAUGCCUGAGGUUCCUUGGAGUGCGUCACCCUACACUGGUGUUACCCCUUGUUCCUGAGCUUCUGAGCACCCACCCAUACUUUGACACUCCGGAACCAGAUAUGGAUGACCCAGCCUAUAUUGCUGUGCUCGUGUUGGUCUUCAACUCAGCCAAGGCCUGCCCUACCAUGUCGGCACUGUUCUCAGACCAUACUUUUCGACACUAUGCCUACUUACAAGACAGUCUCUCACAUCUGGUUCCUCAGCUGCGGCUGCCGGGCAAGAAGCUGAUAUCUGGGUUGGGUUCGGAGGUGUGUGGGCUCGUCUCGGGCAGUGUGGAGUCGGCUCGCCUCUUCCUGCAGGACAGCUUGGCCCGCGUCAGUAUGCUCCAGAGCCUGGAGGCGCCAGGAGCCCAGGACCUGCUCGACUUCACCAUUAGGGAUCUUCAGCGGCUGGGGGAGCUUCAGACUGAACUAGCUGGCUCUGCAGACUUCUGUGCCACCUACCUGCGCUGCCAGCUGCUGCUUACAAAGGCCCUGCAGGAGAAGCUGUGGAGUAUGGCUGUUCCUCUGUGCCUAAAGCAGAAUGCAAUGGCAUCAGCUGCUGUGAAACAGAUCCUGGAAGAGACAUAUAAGCUGGAGUUCCUGUACAGCGGACUGGAGACACGGCAGGUGGCCACCAUUCACCAUGUCCGCCUGCAGGCCAAAGCCUUACAGCUGGUCCUGACAGCCCGUACCAAACGAGGGGUUGACCCCCUCAUCAGUGUCUGUGAGAAGUUCAUCCAGGAGGUGGAAUCAUUCCAGAGGCUCUUUAUGUCUGAGCUGUCCCACUUCCAGGACAGUUUUGUGGAGAAGCUGCUGGAGCUGAUGCCCAGACUAGUGGCCUGUAAGCCGCUGGACCUGGUGAAGAUCCUCCAUACCACCCUCAGACAGAGUGGCUUCCUGCAUCUCAAAAUCCCUGAGCAGAUCCACCGCGCCUCUGCCAUCAUCAUCGAGCCGACAGGAGAGUCAGACAACCCGCUGCGCUUCACAACCGGACUGGUGGUAGCCCUAGACAUUGAUGCCACGUUGGAGCAUGUGCAGGACCAUCAGAGCACAGUCAAAGUCGAGGUGUUGUAUCCAGAUGGACAGGCCCACAUCAUUCAUCCCAAACCCGGAGACUUCAGGCACCCUGGGCCUGGGCGUGUCCGCCUCAUCACCCAGGUGUACCUCUCCCACUCUGCCUGGACAGAACCCUGUCAACUUGAGGUGAGGUUAUUGUUGGCCUACAGCUCCAGCACCUGCAAGCUGUCCACCCCUAAGCCUGCAUGGAAUGAGAGCACGGAGGGGCUUCCUCAAGCUGAAAGCUCCAUCGAGGGCACCAUCCCGCUCAGCAAGCCUGUUAAGGUGUUCAUCAUGCCCAAACUGGCCCGCCGCUGAAACCCGUGGCUCUGAGCUGAGUUUCAGCUGGGACAAUAAACUAGAGACAGCUGGGUUUAUGAGAGACACUCAUGAAACUCAAUGGACAAAUACAGCUGUGCUUACUUGCACUGGCAUCCCCUUAACGUGUGUAGUUUUUUUUUUUUAAAGCCUUUAUAGAUGUUUCAUUUUUAUAUCGAUGCAAUAGUAGCCUUUGAAUCAAUGGUCAAAGUCAAACUGCACAAAAUAAGAUUUUUAUUUGUUAACUGGUCAAAUAAACAAGUACAGUAAAACUUU